UAAAAGCCUGGAAUAGUAAAGUUUUUAUUUCCGUAAAUGAAUUGCUUAUUAAAAAGGAAUAGUGCUUUGAAUUUUCAAAGAAAAUAGAUAGAUUCAUAUUAUUACAAUAUUUAGAAAUGAAAAAAAUUAUUUCUUUUUAGCUCGAUCCAUACUAACUACUAACAAUAUUGACGAAGCGUUAGACUGCUGUUGUUGUUUAUAAUAAAUUCAUUAAAAAUGAUAUCGCGCAAGGGACAAAAGGCUAUAAAUGAAGGUGUCGUUGGAAAGUAUAUAAAGAAAGAUACUCCACCAGACUUACCAAUCAUUAAUGUUUGGACCACUGGCAAUAACAAAAGACCACGAAGUCAACCAUUUGGUACAAGCGAUGGAAGCUCUCAAAGUACUGAAAAUAAAUUUGGUAAAGCUCAAACAAUGAGUGGUCAUGCUGGCAAGUAUACUCCGAGUGAGUCAGUACCCAAUUUGGCGCACAGGUUUGCUAAUUUAUCCACUGGAAGUGAAACAACUAGUGUUGCAAGCAAUUUUAAUUCUCAGCUUCACUUGGACGCCAACAUAGCUUCCCAUUCAACACUAAAUGAUAUUGAUGAUUCAUUUAGUCGUCAAAGUAGCUAUAGAUAUUAUCAUCAAACACAAGAAGAUCCAAUUUAUCAAAAUCAGCAGCAGGUACAGCAACAAAAGCAACAGCAGUACAGUUCAAGGGAGACUAGCAUGGCUAGAAUAUCCUCUAAUUUGAGUCUAACACCCCGGAUCCAUCCUCCAUCUCCACACUCUAUAAGACUUCAUGUUACAGAGUCCUAUAAUUCAACCAGCCAAUCGUCACCAAUUUAUACAAAUUAUGUUAAUACUCCUGCUCUUCCAUAUCACAAUAAAAAUCAUGGUGGAAAUAUGAUAACUUCUAGUCAAGCCUCAGAUGAAUGCGACUUGCCAUUACCGCCUGGUUGGUCCGCUGACCGAACACUACGUGGGCGACGUUACUAUAUGGAUCAUAAUACUCAAACAACUCAUUGGACACACCCCUUGGAAAGUGUACCACGCCCAUGGCAACGAGUGUCUACACCUCAACAUGGUGUCUAUUAUUUUAAUGAAAUAACACAACAGACAACAUACGCACACCCCUGUCUGGUGGGAGGAUGCUAUUUAGUGAGCCCACUUGUUCCAACGCUUGUGCCGCCGUAUCUUUUGGAGGAAAUUCCACACUGGCUUGUUGUUUACUCAAAAGCUGAUCAGGAGUUGGAUCACAAAUUACGUUGGAAUAUGUUUCGCCUGAGCGAGUUGGAUUGCUAUUCAGAUAUGCUUACGCGACUUUAUAAACAAGAGUUACAAUUAAUUGUUAUGAAGUAUGAACAAUAUAGGUCUGCUUUGCUACAGGAACUUGAAAGAAGAAGACGAGCGAAAUCAUACAAUGCACUUACAAAUCAUUGAAUUUAUAAGUAAUAGUUUUAUUCAACUGUGAUCUUAGGUAGUAUGUUAAAAAAAUACUUAUUGAAACAAGUGCCUUAAAUUUGCCUGGGAGGCUAUUUAUACAAAAAAAAUUAUUGACCUACUAUUGCUAAGAAAUAAAUCAGUUUACUAAUGCAA